UACAAAUUUUGAAGAGUCGUUGGGAUUUGUGCAGUUGAGAAUUCUUGUGUUGUUUGGAAGAUAUGGUCAUUAGCAUGCAGAGAAUUUCAGCAAUUCAAUGGCGUUCAUGGCUGUUUCUUCUUCUCAUGACAUGGGCGUCUGCAACUGCAACAGAGCUGAAGGCGCCCAGCCUUGGCGUGAAAGAACGAACCAGAAGGGUGCUGAGUCUUGAGGCCUCUGAACCAUAUUCCUUCAGCUCGGAGGAUUUCAAGGACUAUUUCUAUGAACAGACUCUCGACCACUUCAACUACCGGCCUGAAAGCUAUGCCACCUUCAAACAAAGAUACGUUAUCAACUAUAAGUUCUGGGGUGGUGCAAAUUCUAGUGCUCCCAUCUUCGUCUACCUGGGUGAGGAGUCACCUUUGGAUAACUAUAUUGAUGCUAUUGGCUUUCUGACUGAUCAUGCCCCUAAAUUCAACGCUCUUGUUGUAUUUAUAGAGCAUCGCUAUUAUGGUCAAUCAGUCCCCUUUGGCUCAAUGGAAGAAGCCUUCCAAAACGCCAGCACACUGGGAUACUUCAGUUCAUCCCAAGCACUAGCAGACUAUGCAGAGGUGAUCCUUUACAUUAAGAAAAGCCUAUCUGCAGAGAGUUGCCCUGUGGUUGUCAUUGGAGGAUCCUAUGGUGGAAUGCUUGCGGCAUGGUUUCGCCUAAAGUACCCCCACAUCGCCCUCGGGGCAUUAGCAUCGUCGGCACCGAUUCUUUAUUUCGAAGAUAUCACACCACAAAAUGGAUACUAUUCCAUUGUCACCAAGGAUUUUAGAGAAACCAGUGAGAAUUGCUAUAAUACCAUUCGCCAAUCAUGGUCUGAGAUUGACAAAACUGCAUCACAACCUAAUGGUCUUUCAGUUCUUACCAAGAAAUUCAAGACUUGCUUUCCACUAAAUUUGUCAUCUGAGCUCAAGGACUAUUUGGAAACAAUAUACAAUUCAGCUGCCCAAUAUGAUCGGCCUCCAACAUUUCCAGUCUCUGCGAUUUGUAGUGCCAUCGACAACACAUCUAAAGGAGCUGAUCUUCUGAGUAAAGUCUUUGCAGGUUUAGUUGCUUAUAAAGGAAACCAGUCGUGCUAUGAUACAAAGGAAUUCAAAUACUCGACCGAAACAAAGAGAGGAUGGAAUUGGCAGAGAUGUAGUGAAAUGGUAAUGCCCAUUGGCCGUGGUAGCAACGAUACUAUGUUCCAAGCAGCACCCUUUAAUCUAACGAACUUCAAACAAAGAUGCAAGCGUCUCUAUGGUAUCAGCCCCAGGUCUAAUUGGAUCACCACUCAAUUUGGUGGUCAUGAUAUUGAACUUGUUUUGAAGAGAUUUGGUGGCAACAUCAUAUUCUCAAAUGGACUUAGAGAUCCUUACAGUAGUGGAAGUGUCCUCAAAAAUAUAUCAGACAGUCUUGUAGCCAUAUAUACUACUCAAGGAUCCCAUUGCAUGGAUAUACUCCCAGAAUUACCAGAUGACCCUAAAUGGUUAGUCAUGCAACGAAAUCAAGAGAUCAAAAUCAUUGGCCAAUGGAUCAAACAGUAUUAUAUGGAUCGUCUGGCAAAUCAUUGAUAUAAUUGUAUCAGAUGAUUGUAUUCUUUCAAAAAAUAAUUGUAUCAGAAUGGCUUAUAUUGUUACGAUUCAUCAUAUAGCCUUUUGGAAAAGCCAAAUUGAAGUAUUGAAUUGGUUUUUAA